GCCGUGAAGCUCAAAGCUCCGUGGAGAAAAGCGGAGUGCUGUGCAUCGGCGAGGAACAGCCCAAAAACUGCUUCACUGAGCUGCAGGUGCUGAAAGGACAUUUUGACAUUGUUCGAUUUCUGGUGCAGAUUGAUGACUUCAGGGGAGACUCACUGCAGAGAAGUAGUAGAGCAUGACAAGAUCACCAGCAGCACCGGCAGCGGCAGCGGCAGCGGCAGCAGCAGCAGGGGCGGCAUCGGCCUUGUUAUUGCGUGUGUGUGUGUGUGCGUGUGCCUUCACGCUUCCCCAGGUGUCGAGAAAAAAAAUCCAUGAUUGCUUUUCAUGUAUUGUCGUGAUUUCUGUCCUAUCGCAUUGGUGUGAAGCGCUGGCCGGGGCCGACAAAGUGGAACACGGUCACACACGCACACCUAUUGUGAUGACCUCUCAGGUGAAAAUGACCUGACGAAAAAUAAUGUUGACCGUCUUUUGCGUUUUGCUAGAUGUGCGUCGGCCGGAGACGAUGGCCUGGUGCUGGUCUGGAACGUGGAGACGGGAGAGCGUGUGCAAGAGCUUCGGGGUCACUCCCGGCAGAUCACCGCCAUGGCCGUCUUGCGCUGCGGCGACGUCCGCCUCAUCACCGCCUCUUCGGACCGCAGCGUCAGCUUGUGGGACCCCGACACCGGCAACAGACUGCACACCGUUCUGGACCUGCAGUCCUCUGUCAAGUGCAUCCUGGUGCUGGAUGGCAUGAGCGCGUGGAUCUCAGGCGGCCAGCAGUUGUGCGUGUGGAGCCGCCACUUCCGUCUGCAGUGUCUGAAAGAGCGCCGCAGCGACACAGGAAUCACCUUGCUCAUCCAGCUGCCCGAGAAGCGCGUGGCCGCCGCCGUGGACAAAACCAUCGUCAUCUACAAGCUGAUGGCGAGCGGCGACACCCUCGCUUUGAUGGAGGUUCGUUGCCUGGCCGACCAUCAGGACCAAAUCCGCGCCCUGAUCAACGUCGACGACGCCGCCUUUGCCAGCGGCUCGCACGCGGGCGAGCUGAUUGUGUGGGACGCGCUGGACUGCAGCAUGCUGGCCUAUCAGCACAUUCUGUGGGAGGAGCCUCAGAACCAGGCCGAGCAGUCCCACCUCCAAACGGGCGGGCCCAAAACCAGCGAGAUGUCCAUUCAGCACCUUGCCUCCAACAGAAACCUCGUGGCGGCGGCGGUGGGCAGCGGCGUGUACGUGUUCGACCUGGCCAGCAAGACGGCGGCGGCGUACCGGAAGCGCGCCCACGACUCGGACGUGCUGCACAUCUCCAUGCCCUCUGACAGCGAGCUGAUGUCGUGCUCGGAGGACGGCAGCGUGAGGAUGUGGGAGAUACGAGAGCUGCCUUUAGCCGGAGAACCCGCCUCUCCAGGCUUCUUUGGAAUGUGGACCUUGGGGCGCUCCAGCCGGCAGGCGUGUCCGCCGUCAAAGAAGACCUCGGACGUGGCGCCCAGCAAGACGCUGGAGUUGACGGGCGACCUGAUUGGACACUCGGGUGCAGUCCAGAUGUUUGUGGCCUUGCCGGAGAACGGCCUGCUGACGUGCUCGGCCGACCACCAGCUUAUCCUUUGGAAGAACGGCGAGAAGCAGUCGCGCCUCCGCAGCCUGGAGCUCUUCCGGAAACUGGAGGAGAAGGGCGGACUGUGAAAGACGCUUUGGCUUUUCUACAAUGAACAAUACUUUAUUUAUAGAUCACUUUUCAAAUAAAAAAGUAGAUCAAGGUG